AAGGAGGGAGCAAUCCGAAGGGAGGAGUCAAGUGAGGGAAGGAGCAGCUGGAGUCCCACACUUCGCUUCUCUCCUCUCGAAAAAACGCUCUAAAUGUAAUAACAACUGUCCACGCGAUUCUCCGUCGCUUCUGCUGCGUUUGCGCACAUCCUCGCGCUGCUUUACGCACUUUUUCUUUCUUUCUACCGGCGCGCUGAUGCUGCUGUAGUUUGGCUGAUCAAAACUGAGGAGAAAGAAGAGGAAAAAGUCUGGCUGCGCCGUUUUGGAGUUGGAGUGGCAGCGUAAAGAAAGAAAGAAAGAAAAAAAAGUCCCAAGUAACUCCAGAGACACAUCUGCAACUUCGGAAGAAAAGAAGGCUUACUGUUUUUCACCCUCUAAAGAAGAAGACGAGAAUUAUUGAAGGAGUCAUUAAGGAGAAAAGUUUCUCCUUUCUCUCUGGAAAGACCGCUGGAGAAGGAUUAUCAGUACAUCCACAAGCUGCUUUCACGUCUAUUCUGAGUCAUCCGGUCUCCAUGAGGUCUUAAGGAAUGAGCAAUCGCCAUGGAAACCCAGUCCCAGGCCAGUUCAGCAGCUGAGAAGAAGAAGAGGGUGGAGACCAUUGUGGCUGCUAAGGGCUCAUCAGCACGCAGUGACAUCAGCGAGAAGGCGGUGGCCUCCAGCACCACCUCAAACGCAGAGGAGGAGAGUACAGGCGCACCGUACCACCGUGAGAGGCGCAAUGCCAUCAGCUCCCAAACGCCGGGCGCCACCGACAGGAGCGUGAACGAGGAGCCCUCCACUUCCACAGAGGAGCGGCCGUCCCUCCUCAAGAAGGAGCUUCCUGGUUCCCUGCCCCAUCUGGCGGACCAUGCCCAGCUGUACAGAGGCUCGCUGUUCGCCAUGGACCCCCGAAACGGCUACCUAGACUCGCACUAUCCGCAGCCACAGUUCUUCCCGUCCUUCCACCCUCCUGUGCCGAUAGACGACAGACAUACCCAGGGACGAUACGUCUACGAUCCCUCCCCCGUGGCCCCUCUUCACGUGGGUCCAACAUUGGGGCCAAGUCCAACUUUCUCUGACAUCCCCCUCAUUCGGAUCUCACCCCAGCGGAACCCCUCUGUGGGGGCAGAGUCGCCCUUCCACCCUCCACACCCCUACAUCCACCCAUACAUGGACUACAUCCGCUCCCUCCACAGCAGCCCCUCCAUCUCUGUUCUGUCAGCCACCCGAGGCCUCAGCCCUGCAGAUGCGACUCACACUGGUCUGACGACCGCCGACUACUACCACCAGAUGGCGCUGCUGGCAGGGCACCGCAGCCCGUACGCCAGCGACCUCCUGCCGUCCGUGGCGUCCACCGCGGGGGCCACCAGUGCCAGCGCCCUCCACAUGGAGUAUCUGCAGGCCAUGGAGAAUUCCCGCUUCUCGAGUCCCAGGCUCACCGGCCGACCCAACCGGAAGCGGCCCCUGCCCAUCUCGCCGCUCUCCGAUCACAGCUUCGACCUGCAGAUGAUCCGCAACUCGCCCACCGCCAUCGUCAACACGCUGCUCAACAACUCGCGCUCCAGCUCCUCCACCAGCGGCUCCUACGGUCACCUGUCUGCCGGCGCCAUCAGCCCGGCGCUGAGCUUCGCCUACCCUCCGACCCCGGUGGCUCUGCACGUGCACCAGCACGUAAUUGGCCGGCAGCCGAGCAUCGUGAGCUCCGCCUUCGGUCACAGCCCCCCCCUGGUGCACCCGACCCCGGCCUUUGCCAGCCAGCGACCCGUGCCAGGCAUCCCCCCAUCCGGGCUCAACGCCAGCGAGCGCUCAGCCAUCUCCAACGAGUCCGCACAGGCCAAACCCACCAGCGAGUCCGCCGUCAGCAGCACCGGCGACCCCAUGCACCACAAGAGGUCCAAACUGAAACCCGAGGAGGAGCUGCCGAGCCCGGGCGCGGUGAGCGGACAGGACCAUCCUGAGGGGAUGACGCUGGUGAAGGAGGAAGGAGACAAGGACGAGAGCAAGCAGGAGCCGGAGGUGGUUUAUGAGACCAACUGCCACUGGGAGAACUGCUGUCGAGAGUUCGACACCCAGGAGCAGCUCGUACAACACAUCAACAACGACCACAUCCACGGGGAGAAGAAGGAGUUUGUGUGUCGCUGGGAGGAAUGCUCUCGAGAGCAGAAGCCCUUCAAAGCCCAGUACAUGCUGGUGGUCCACAUGCGCAGACACACCGGAGAGAAGCCACACAAGUGCACGUUCGAAGGCUGCACCAAGGCCUACUCCCGUCUGGAGAACCUCAAAACUCACCUGCGCUCCCACACCGGGGAGAAGCCGUACGUGUGCGAACACGAGGGCUGCAACAAGGCGUUUUCCAACGCUUCGGACCGAGCCAAACACCAGAACCGCACGCACUCCAACGAGAAACCGUACGUCUGCAAAAUCCCCGGCUGCACCAAACGCUACACCGAUCCCAGCUCCCUGCGCAAGCACGUGAAGACGGUGCACGGGCCCGAGGCGCACGUCACCAAGAAGCAGCGCGGGGACUACCCCCGCCCCCCACCUCAGCCCAGGGAGCCCGGGGGCAACAGCCAGGGCCGCUCGCCGGGGCAGCUGGGCGGGUACGCGGACCAAAGGGAGUACAACCACGCUACCUCCAAACAGGACGAGUGUCUGCAGGUCAAGUCCAUAAAGACCGAGAAGCCCAUGACGUCUCAGCCAAGCCCUGGCAGUCAGUCUACAUGCAGCAGUGACCAGUCCCCCGUCAGCGCCGAUCCCAGCGGUGGAGUCCAGCUUGCUGUGAGCGCUGGACGCUCGCCAAGGGAGGGGCUGGAGGAGGACGAGCGGGCGGAGGGCAACGAAGAGGAGGCGGAGGAGGAGUGUGAGGGCGAGCCGGCUCCCAUCAUGGACUCCACGGUCUCUACGGCGACCGCGGCUAUGGUGACCCUGCAGGCCAGGCGAAGCAUCGGCCGCCCGCUGCGCUGGAUGGAACACAUGAAGAUGGAGAGGCUGAAGCAGGUGAACGGAGCGCUGCCCAGACUGGGGCCCCUGUCCCCCACACCGCCCACCAAAGGUUCUGCGGUGCCCAACAUCUUAGGAAAAGGAUCCUGUCUGGGCCGGCAGUGGGGGGUGUCUGCCCCUCAGCCCUCCGGUCACGCGGACCUGGGGAGCACGGAGCUGACGGUGCUGGGCUUGCUCCGAGACCGGCGUGACAGCAGCGGCAGUGGCACCAGCUCCGCCUACCUGAGCAGCAGCCGGCGCUCCUCGGGCAUCUCGCCGUGCUUCUCCAGCCGGCGCUCCAGCCAGGCGUCGCAGAACGAGGGCAACGCGGCGGCCGCGCACCACCACCGCCGCCUCCACAACCUCAGCUCCACCGACUCCUACGACCCCAUCUCCACGGACGCCUCCCGCCGCUCCAGCGAGGCCAGCCAGCAUGGAGGCGGGGCGGGGGGAGGUGGUGGGGGCCUGCUCUCAGGUGGGGGUUGCGGAGGCCUCGGGGGGAUGGGUGUCGCUGGGGGGUCACGGGGGAUGCUCAGCUUAACACCUGCUCAGCACUACCACCUGAAAGCCAAGUACGCCGCCGCCACCGGGGGUCCCCCUCCCACCCCUCUACCCAACAUGGAGCGCAUGAGUCUGAAGACGCGCAUGGCCAUGAUGGACGAGGGGGGCAACAAUCGCUGUUUGCCUCCGUUAGUGAGGCCGCCGGCCUGUGGGGACGCCGCCAACAGCGGCUGUGUGGGUCACGCCGGCUACAGGAGGAGGGUCCUGUACCCGGGUGAGGGUCCACUGAACGGCAACCGGAGGGCCAGCGACCCGGUCAAGAUGCAUGCUCCUGAAGCUUGCAGUUUGCCCCCGGUGCAACGCUUCAACAGCCUCAACAACCUCCACCCCCUACCCCCCCUGGCUCACCACCCCGAACCACGCAACUUCAGCCUCCAGAACUACACGCGCUCAGACGGCUUCUUUGAGUCGGGCCUUCAGGACUACACCUCCAGCAUUGCCGAGCACGCCGCUUUAGAAGCUCUGGCCAUGGAGGGUGAGGGGGAGGUGGGGCUUCUGCUGGACGAUGAGGACAUGCUGCCCGACGACCUGGUGCAGUACCUUCAUUCCCAGGUUCAGAUGGACAACGUCUCCUACAACCACAAUGAAGACCAAGCAGUCAGGGAGGUCGGCCAACACUCCGUGGAGGCGUUCCGUACUUCGGGGUUGGGCGGGGCCUUCCCCGGAUCCCAAAAUCUGCAAGGAUCAGAGAGGAAGAGCCCCGGGAAGCUCCCCAUCCAGUGGAACGAAGUGAGUUCGGGCAGUGCCGACCGAUCGCCUCAGAGGGAGCGGAACCCCCUCCCACAGUGUGGAAGGUGGCCCGGCACAGAGCACGGAUCCCCUUCCGCGCCCUUCGGCCGGUUUGGGAACAUGGUGGUGCAGCAACAGGGACCUGCGGGAUUCCAGAACAGCUAUGUCCAGGCCGAUCGACUAUCAGGCGCCUGCGGCGUCAAUCCCGCAGUCAAGCUGGAGACAUCUCCCAACUCCUGCAUGGAGAUGAGAGGUGCUGGCAACAACGCCACAAACCCCUUCGGGAGGUCAAACUUCUUGCAGGUCCCUGGCGGGGCCCCUCCCCAGGUCCAAAAGCAGAAACAGAACCCCAACACCUCCUGGCAGGUUGGAAACAACCUGAUCCUUGGCAGGGCCCCCCUAAACAAUCUCCCCCAAGGAAAUGCUCAUUGUCACAACAGGCUGCCGUUUGCCCCUCAUCCGCCCUCCAAUAGUUCUCGGAACUUGAUGAGAAGCCAGCAGUACCUCGGUCCUGAAGGUUCUGGUGAAAUGCAGCCGGGCUUCAGCCAGCUUCAAGUGCAGGGAGGCGCCGACCAGUGCUUUCUUGCAUGUCAGGUAUCUGGGCUGAAACUGGAGAACCCAGACCAUGGAUACUUGGAGGAGAACUUUGCGGACUGCCUCCCCGAUUGCAAGACCUCCUCAAUGCCUGUUCUGGAGGAACAGAGCUUGCUGGACUCCAUUGCUGAGUCCGGAGGACUCGGCGCCGCCAUCGAGAACUCAGGGGCACUUCCUUCCCCCGGGACAGACCAAGUCACCAGCACCGUGGACGGCCACGUUCUCGGCGCUUUAGACGAGGGGGCGAAUCUGGACUUUGUCGCCAUGCUGGAGGACGGGUACGACCAGAACAGUCUGGUCUCGGGGGUACUGAGCCCGUCCAUGUUUCAAGGCCUCUCCAGGACCUCGUCGCGCCUCACCACCCCUCGGGCGUCGGCCCCAUUCCACAGCGUGGCCCCCGGCCUGAACAUGGCCAUCGGCGACAUGAGCUCCCUCCUCACCAGCCUUGCAGAGGAGAGCAAGUUCCUAGCCGUCAUGCAGUAGCUCCUCCCCCUCUGCUUCCCCCCGCCCCCUUUAGGAAACAAAAAAGGAAAAUGGAGGAAAUCAGCUUUGGUGUUUGUGAAGAUUUAAAUCAGCUUCAUGAUUUACUUCAAAGUGUUUUGAAGCAGCCGAACGCACUCUUUGUAUUUUGUACAGAAUUCCACAGCGAGGACGUUUCGGAAAUUUGUACAGUUUAGGAACAAGGGCCGUUUCGGAAGCUCUUCUCCUUUUUUGUACGAUAACUAUGUGACAUAAAGCAACAGCUCCUCUCUGUGAAACAGUACUUUGUGUAUCGUUGCUGUACUGACCGUGAACGUGAAAACUUCAACUAGCGCCUGAGGGAAGCACACCAGGAGAAUCCUCUCCCGAUAGAAGGAGCCGAUAGGACAAGUAUAUAUAUAGUUUUAUAUAUACAUUUUUGUCAUUCUGUUCACUUCUGUGAAGCUGUAAAUGUUUCCGUGGUGUUUUGUUCCCGAUCAAGUCCACGAAAAGGGGCCACACUUCCUGUUUAUUGUCGUCUCCUUGGUAUCUUUGACCUUGUUUCCACUGAGCGGUACGGUCCGGUUUUACCGAGGUCCAAGCGAUUCAGGUGCACUCAAAGUUGGACCGUUGUGGUGGAUGCGGGGUGAAACCAACAACGAAAAUGGAGGUUUCUGGAAUUUUUUUCUUUUGGUACUUUGUAUGAUUUAACCCUUUAACAGCUGAGACACCAAAAUAACAAACUUUUUGACAUAACUUUUCCGCCAUUCACCUACAUAAUUCCAGUGGAUUUUGAGGGGUAGAAAGUGUAGACUUUGCUGGAAUUAUGUCUCGUAGCACUUCUAGAGUUCAUGUUGACAGAAGAUUGCCGAAUAGAAAUACAGCAGCUUUCUUCGGUGACAAUGACCUUCCACCAAUCAACAGUAGCUCCGCCCCAACUGGUCAGUUUCAUUUUUCUAUGAACCAACAACCAAGAAUGGUAUGGUUCAGUCCAGCUCAAUGGGUCCACUUUGUAAUAGGAUCAAAUCAAUUAAUCAAUCUAAGCUUAAUAGAUCAAUAAUCAAGUCAUAAAAGUAAAGCUCAAUCUUACACAUAAUGCCAAAGUCAGCUAGCUUGAUGCUAACAUAUAAUGGGUUUUCCCAUAGGAUGGCUAAUGCUAACUCUUGAUCGACCUAAACACACAUUUCUGACUAAAUGAAGAUCAUUUUAUUCUGCUAAAUUGCUGAAUUUUAUAAUGCUAAAGUCUGCUAGCUGGAUGCUAACAUAUAAUGGGUUUUCCCAUUGGACGGCUAACGCUCGGUCAACCUACACAUAAAUUGCUGACUAGAAUUAUAAAAAGCAGCAAUUUAGCAAUAUAAAAUGAUGUUCAUUCAAAGUCAGCUAGCUUGAUGCUAACACAUAAUGGAUUUUGCCAUUGGACGGCUAAUGCUAACCCUCGGUCGAUCUACACAUUCAUUGCUGACUUGAAUUAUAAAAAGCAACAAUUUAGCAGUAUAAAAUAACGUUCAUUUAAAGUCAGCUAGCUUGAUGCUAACACAUAAUCGGUUUUCCCAUAGGAUGGCUAAUGCUAACGCUUGGUCGACCUAAACGCACAUUUCUCACUAAAUGAACAUCAUUUUACGUUGCUAAAUUGCUGAUUUUUGUAAUGCUAAAGUCUUCUAGCUGGAUGCUAACACAUAAUGGAUUUCCCCAUUGGAUGGCUAAUGCUAACGGUUGACCUAAACAUACAUUACUGACUAAAUAAGCAUCUUUAUGUACAACAAAAGCAUGAAUUUUCCAAAAUCUUUAUGGAAAUAUUUUUUAAUAACCAUUUGUGGUCUAAAACAUCAUUUUUUGUUCAUAUUUUCUUCUUCUUCUGGAAUAAGGUGUAAUGCUAAAGUGCGAUCGCCACCUAGUGGCCAAACUGAAACGCCCUCCAGGAGAAGCGGAACAGUUGUUCUCCAUUUGAAAACUAUCUUAUUAUUAUUUUGAUAGUACAUUUUACAGUAUGUGAACUGUCUCAGAUUAAUAUGAAUAUGUUGAAAACAUAUAGUAGAUAAACCGUGCAAACUCAAAUUGAAUUGCGUGGAACAGAAGAAUUGAAAAAAAUUGGAAUCAAAUUGAUUCUGGAAAUUCUUGUUGAUACCCAGCCCUACUUUAUAAAACACCGGACCGGACCGCUCAGUGGAAACGAGGCAUACAUGGUUUUGUUGAGUCUGGUACGGUACCACCAAUGUAUAUAGCUGGUUUUUAUCGUUCGUGCUCAGAUUUGGGAUCAGCUUUUCGUGGCUGACGUGUAAACGGACGUUUGGUGCUUUUGAUCCAUUUCUUGUUUGGACUGACCAACAACACAGGAGGGAGGUGUUGUGUUUGAUAGGAAUUCACCUGUUCUGUUUGUUCAAAGCUCUUAAAAUUCAGAAUGUGUACUGCCGUCAAGUAUUGCAGUGACGUCGUGGACAGUGUUAGCAUUGCCUUGCGGUCUUCUGCGACUGCGCACAGAAAACCGAAUAGUUUACCUGUAUUUUUUUGUUUUUGUUUUUUUCCAACGUCAAGAGCAAAUUUUGUGUUCUUUGGUACUUUUGUCAUUUUUGUAGCUGUGUUUUGUUUUUCAAAGAAGUAGAAACCAUUUCCUUUGAGCAAAGGUUUGUGCCUUAAUCUGCCAGUUGGUGACGAGAGAUCACUGCCAAUCUUCCAUUGUGAAUAUAGAAAAGCGACCGUGUAAAGUGUCACCUGCAACCCGAACAAAUAAAAACAAAGAUAAAAACGGAAAAAUUUAUAUAUAAAAAAGGAAUAUCAGAAAAGAUUUGCGAAAUGCAUUCUACUUUUUUCACAUUUAUUGUGCUUUUAUAUAUAAAUAUAUAUAAAAUGUAAAUACAUUACUCCCUCCUGUAGGUUUUAGUAAAGGAAAUGUGGAAGUAUCCUGGGACUUUGAAAGCAGGGAUUCCCAGGCCCCUGGGUGGGUGGAGGCCGGGCAGAUGGAGCCCCACUGCUGCACCCCCACCCCCACGAGAAGAGCCGCUCGCUCUUUUAUAACUGACAAAUGUUUGUAUGGUUUUAAUAAAAAAAAA